AUGACAAAACAGAAAGUGCUUGACCAAUUUGGCUAUGUUUACAGUGAAUUAGAAGAUAGUCUAGAUCAGGAACGACAUUGGAUUGGUCUUUCUUUUACUAUAAUAAACCAUUAUACUGUGGUUAAUGCUCAGGAAGAUAUUACUGCACAUAAAAAAGUACUGCAGUUAAUUAUCUUCAGAUUUUAUGGAUUUAUCAAAAUAAUGUCUAACAGUGAGACAAGUAUUGUUUUUGAUCUGGGUUGUUCUUCCAAUGCUAUAAUACAGCCAAAAUUAGUCAAACCCACUGGGAAUCGUGAACUAAGAUAA